AUGGAGGACAUCAACAUCCCUUCGCCGUCUGCCAUCCUAGGCACCCAUCAUCCCUCCACGUCGGUUGGCGGGCUUUCCAAGCCGUCUGUUUCUCCCCAGAAGCCGACUGCAGGUCAGCCUGGUACAGCCAGAGAUCAGAACAAGCCUAAGCAGUCCAAGAGCCGUAACGGUACGGUAUCAUACUUCUUUACUAGCUAUUUCAAAUGGCGCCCGUUCGAAGAGACUAAUAUCGGUGGCAAAACCGCCAGUGCCAAAAUUAAGAAAGGUACCUCGUAUCAAUUCGAUGAGAAAUCAAAUGGCCUUUCAACAUCCCCCACUACAGUGCGCCCAUCUAAAGGGCCCCAAACCCAGCAUGCUGCAUCGAGUCUACCUUCGCUAGGCUACGGGGGCUUCAUGGACCCUUCUGGCCGUUUCUCGAGGGGCGCAUCUCCUCCAAGGCAACUUUCGUUGAGCGAAAAGGGUGUCUUUCCCUCCUCAGAAGGCCUGGUAGGUCAACUGACACCAGUGAGCUUUGAUGAGGACAUUUUCGCGUCAUCCUUGACAGACAUCUCACCAUUGGGCCACUCUUCGUGGCUUUCUGAUAUACCAGCGGCUGCCGUAGGGCAACAGUCAGGGUUGGAGCAGGCUCCAGAACGUGGCCCUGGUCGAAUUUGCCCCCAAAGACAUGACAGUUUCAGCUUCGAGGCCUUGAUGGAGGGAGAUAGUGAUGAUAUUGAGGAAAUAGUAAGGAAUUCCGAUCGAAGCACGGACCCCGGACUCCUUGAACUGGCAGAGAUCGGCAUGACCCCGGUUUCGCAGGCCUCCGAAGUGCCGUCAAACAUCUUCAGAGAGCCUAUAUUUGAAAUUUCGAGCCCAGAGAUGCUGGUUCUGCAGUUCGAUAGGGUAACAUGUGGAAUAUUAUCUGUAAAGGAUGGUGUCCAUGAAAACCCAUGGAGGACCUUGAUCUGGCCACUAGCCAAGGAGACACCCGCUCUGUAUCAUGCCGUCUUUUCUCUCGCUGCCUUUCACUCAAGCAAAGAGCUGCCGGCCCUAAAGGUUUCUGGUGUGGAUCACAUGCGCAAGAGCAUCGUAUACUUGCUGCGUGACAUACAGAAGAUGAAAUUGGAUGCAGCGUUAGCCACAAGUCUGGCGCUCGCAUUUGCCGAGACUUGGGACCAGCACACCCAAACCAGUCAUUAUCAUUUAUCAGGCGCCAAGGUGCUUAUCGAGCAAGUUCUCAAGCGAGGCUUGGAAAGCAGGGUGUAUGGAAAUAACCUGGAUAGGGUUCGGUUCCUUUGCAACACCUGGCUGUACAUGGAUGUAAUCUCUCGUCUGACCUCUCGUGAGAAGCUGGGGGAUCGGGAGGUGGAUGUUUCCUUGUUCCAGUCUCAAACAGGUGCUGUGCAGGAGAUUGAUCCGCUGAUGGGCUGUGCAACGACGCUCUUUCCCUUGAUCAACCAGGUUGCUCGAUUGAUCCAGCGUGUCCGCACGACCAAAUCGAAUUCCAUUUCCCUCAUCUCUCAGGCGAUAGAACUCAAACGCCUUGUUGAGCAAUGGGAGCCACCACAGGUGUUCGAGCCCCCAGAGGAUCCUUCAUCGGAAGUACAGCAUAGUAUCCAGACAGCACAUGCUUAUCGCUGGGCAACGCUUCUGUACCUUCACCAGGCCGUUCCUGAGAUGCCGUCGGAGCCGACAUCAGAGCUUGCCAAACGUGUGCUAAUACUGCUGGCAACUGUUCCUCCCAGUUCUCGGACCCUGAUUAUUCAGAUGUUCCCGCUUCUGGCGGCAGGGUGCGAAGCGGAGCAAGAGGAGGACCGUCAGUGGGUACUAAGCCGGUGGAAAGCCAUCCAGACCCGCUUGAUGCUGGGCUCGAUCGAUCACUGCAUUGACAUAGUCCGCGUGGUCUGGAAUCGCCGGGAUGCUUUCGAGGCCGAGAAACAACGAAGACAGCUUCGUGGAGCUUCUGGACGUGCCACCAACGCUGCCGUAGAGACCUUUGGGGACGAUAGACUAUCUUACACUGGUCUUAGAUCGGGUGAGCGAAGUGCUGGUAGCAUCUACGCCAAGGAGCAUUGGAGACCCCGACGGAGCUCGGCGUUGUCCCCUCUGGAGAAUAUCGAGUUUGAGAAGACCGUGCGAGGCGGGUUGCACUGGAUUACCGUGAUGGAGGGAAAGGGCUGGCAAGGUAUGUUUGAACUUUGGACUUUUGAUUUAUUCAAGAUGUGCAUUUGA